AUUCCACAAAAAAAGCCCUGCUUUGUAUUAGCGGCGCAAAGUUAGUAAUAUUGAGUGUUCAUUGGAUUUAUUUAUUUUCUUACGAUAAUUUUUAAAUAUUAUUAAAUGCCAGUCAUGGAUGUUAACAUCAAUAAAGUUAUUGUGCACCCUUUGGUGUUGCUUUCUGUUGUGGAUCAUUUCAACAGAAUGGGCAAAAUUGGUAGCCACAAACGUGUAUGUGGAAUUUUAUUGGGAAGCUGGCGUUCGAAAGGUGUUCUAGAUAUAUCUAACAGCUUUGCGGUUCCAUUUGAUGAGGAUGAAAGAGAUAAGUCAGUUUGGUUUUUGGAUCAUGAUUAUUUGGAAAAUAUGUAUGGAAUGUUUAAAAAAGUGAAUGCGCGAGAACGUGUUGUAGGUUGGUAUCACACAGGCCCAAAAUUGCAUCAAAAUGAUAUUGAAAUAAAUGAGUUGGUGCGACGAUACUGUCCCAAUUCUGUGCUAGUCAUUAUUGAUGCUAAACCGAAAGAUCUUGGCCUACCAACCGAAGCAUAUAUUGCUGUUGAAGAAGUGCACGAGGACGGUUCACCCACUAGUAAAACUUUUGAACAUGUUCCAAGUGAAAUAGGUGCCGAAGAAGCUGAAGAAGUCGGUGUUGAGCAUUUGUUACGUGAUAUCAAGGACACAACAGUCGGCAGCUUGUCACAAAAAAUUACCAACCAAUUAAUGGGUCUUAAAGGCUUAAAUGCCCAACUAAAAGAUAUUAAAAAUUACUUAGAGCGUGUUGGCGAUGGCAAAAUACCAAUAAACCAUCAAAUAGUCUAUCAAAUGCAAGAUAUUUUCAACCUCUUGCCAGAUAUAACAAGUGAUCAUUUCACAGAGACCAUGUAUGUUAAAACUAAUGAUCAAAUGCUGGUUGUUUAUCUUGCAUCUAUGGUUCGUUCAAUUAUUGCCUUACAUAAUUUAAUCAACAACAAGCUUACAAAUCGUGAUGCCGAGGAGGGAAAGAAGAAUGAUGCUGCAGAUAAGGAUGCUAAGAAUAAGGAUAACAAGGAAACAAAAGAAAAAGAAAAAAAAGUUGAUGAGAAAUCUGAUAAGGGCAAGGAUGAAGGCAGUAAAAGUAGUAAGAAAUAAAA